AUGGAGCAACGAGAAUCGCAUGAGAUGCACAGCGUCAGCGAGGAGAACAGACAAGCAAACGCGAGUGCACCAAAGGUCCCGGAAACUACUCACGAGCCCAUGUACACGUCGAGGCUUUCGAGAGCGUCUUCCAUGACCAUUCGCGAGCCCAUUGUCAGGACUCUCCACACUUCGUUCUGGCCGCUGAUGGUCUUCAUCUUUUAUGCGAUACUCGCCCUAUUCACCUGGAUCGUUCUUUGUCUCGCGAGCAGCCGGCCGAUCGGAAGCAAGCAAGACUAUACGAACGCGCAAAAGUAUCCAAUCACCAUAGACGAGCUGCUUGCUACCUUGUCUAGACACGAGAAGGCACUCAGAGCGGCGCAGAUCCUACAAGUGGUAGUCGCUCUACUCACGAUUCCCAUCACUUCCGCGAUAUGUUCCAUGGCUCUAGCUGCCUAUAUCCAGGCCGGCAGCUCGAGAACGAAGUUGAACCUCCGUCAGACUAUGGCGCUUGCGGACCAAGGCUGGACCAGCCCACGAACGUUGACUAGGUGGUCCAAAGUUGGAAGCCUCCCACUGUACUUCGCCUUUGCAUUGACCUUAGUGGGUGCUGUCUUCCCCAUUCUGCAGACAACGUUUAUCCGAAUUACUCCGACACGUAUACCGACUCGCAGCACACGGUCCAGUCUUGAUAAGAUGAGCUCAGAUACCUGGUUCUCACCCGUUCCCUCGGGCUUCAGCACCGGUGUCCACGUUGACCCUCAGUACGCACCACGCCUCAAUACGACGAUCGAAUACAGGAACAUGACAGACGCCGAGUGGCCGACCGAAUGCGAUCGCGACAGAGAAGACGUAUUCUUCGUAGAAUACCAUGGAGGAGAUGAUGAUUAUCGCAAGUUCGAUAUGAUGGCUUGCAUACCCGCCAACAUCUCUGACACACCUUGGCAAGCUACGUACAACCGGCAGGACAUUACCGAGGAUCUUUUUCUCGCAAUUUCGGUGCGUUCAGAGAUACGUAAUCCUGUUAUGUGGAGAAUAAGCGCCCGUUCGACAUUGGGCUACUUCGAACUUCCCAAUGCUAAGAACGGGAAUCGCGCCGGGCCGUUGCUCGAUGAAAUAUCCUUGACGAACACUUGGACCGAAUCACGCGGCGGGUCCGGUCGAAGUGAGGAGAGACGAGCAACCAACGAAUCCUAUGCAGGAAAUGUGAGGCAGGCCAUUGGAGAACACAUUGGUCCGCUGACUGCUAUUGGACUGGCUCUGUUCGGCGAAGGCUCUUUCAUUGAAAGAAGAGUUUCAAAUCCAUCCGCCUUCACUGUGGAUCGACCUGAGGUCGAAGAUAUUUAUUACGAGAACUUCGGCGACAAUUGCCUCGGGAUGAUGCCUCUCAGUUUUGCCAGAGGAGGCUGCCUCCGCGACUACAACUACCUGAGCGAGAACGAAGUCCUUGCACCUGUGAGACAGCUAAUCGCAUACUUUGACAAUGAAAACUCUGCACGUGCGGCGCUCACCGUGGCCGCUUUUCUCGCCAACAAAGAGUGGCUGAACCCAAGCCAAUACAACAGUUGGGGAGGACAUAGGAAUUCACGCGAAGUUUAUUUCGAUCCGGGCGUUCCAACCAAGAAGACUGAUAUCGCGCUUUGGGGAAUCAUCACCGGCUCUGUUUUCCUUGGCCUUCACCUUCUCGGUUUGCUGGUGCUUGCCCUGUACGCCUUUUGGAAGAGGCCAUUCACGCCUUGGUUGGGUGCAGAAUUCGUUGUCAAGGCUGGUACGGCACAUGCUGAUAUUCUGAGCGCUGCCGAGGGGGACAAGCAGUGGAAGCAGACUAUUGCUGCGUGCCCAGGGUUCGUCGGGGACGAGAAACCCACGGAUGAUGUGGGUCGUAUCGCAUUUGGCGCUACUGCUGCCUUGAGCAGAACACGGGGCAAGAAGUUUGAGGAGCUCUAG